AUGAGCUACGAUCACUCGUCGAUUUGUAUUGCCCAUCUGUUGCUCACCUUGAUGCAAGUUACAUUGCAGCGAUAUCGUUCCAAAGCAAACUUUUCUACGAUUGGCCAGGAAAGUCAAGCGGGAACCCAGAGGUGGGGCUGGGGGAGGGUAACAAAGUUGUUACCCAGGCGACGAAGAGACGCGCAGCUCUCCUCAGUCUAUUUCCGGAGGCUAGCCGCGACCAGAAAACUGACAACCAAGAAUAUGGAAUCUGAAAAUACGAAGACUAGAACUAUGGAAAUUGGGACUAUUUCUUCAAUUUCUACAUUGCAAGCCCUCUCUAAUCUACUUUAUCCUGAAGAAGAGGAUGAUUUUGACCCUGGACAGCCAAAUUCUUCUUCUGCUAUUGGAGCCAUGAACCCUGGGAAUAUUGGACCACCAAAAACAGAAGAGCUCAAAAUCAUCCCUCAAGCCAGUGUUGAAAAUAGUGAGGACAUCUGGAAUCCAGAAGAGGUUCCAGAAGGAGCAGAGUAUGACGACAUGUGGGAUGUUCGAGAAGUCCCAGAGUAUGAGAUUAUAUUCAAACAGCAAGUAGGAACAGAGGAUGUAUACCUAGGAUUGACAAGAAAGGACUCUUCAACAGCAUGUUGUCAGGAGCUAGUGGUUAAAAUUCAACUGCCCAAUACAAGCCCUUCUGAAAUUCAAAUUGAUAUCCAGGAAGUGGUCCUUGAUCUUCGUACUCCUAAUAAGAAGCUGUUGGUAAACCUUCCCCAACCUGUGGAAUGCAGCAGUGCUAAAGCUCUCUAUAUCCCAGAGAAUGAGACUCUAGAGGUCACCAUGACUAUGAAAAGAGAGUUUGAUUCUAUUAAUUUUUUCUGAGAUUGUAUGAGUAAAGAGAAAAGUUGGUAAAAAGAUACUGAUAACAAUUGAAAAACUUUGAAAGAAUACUACUGUCUUCUAUAUUCUCUUAAUUAUUAUUAUGCCAUUUUAGAAAGGGAAGGUAUUCAAUUCUAGUGAUAUUUAAUCCCCAGCACCAAAAAACCAAAAAUGUCUUUACAUUAAUAAUCAUCAGCAAUGCCUUUUGGGGUACUAUGUUUAUAUUUAGUCAAUUCAAAUCCUUGACAUUUAAAAGGACUAUAAAAACAGCAUGGCAUAUUUACAAAUCCUAUGCGCUCUCACUUUCAUUUUUCUUCUUCAUUGGACAUAACUAUUUUUAUGAAUUGUUCCAGUAUCACCUGACUCUUCUGCACUAUUGUAUAAAAUUAUUUCACAAUCAUUUGUUUAUAUAUUAUAAUUUAACGCUAGUGUAACUUGACCUCUCACAUCACUAUAGAAGUGUGGAAUUAACUAGGAGUAAAUCUUGAAGAGAUGAACAACUAACAUAUGUUCCUGACAUCAAUGUGAAUUACUAAGGGCAUAUCAAACAUCUAGUUUGUGACAUGAUAAAGUCGAAAAAUUAGACUGAGAUUUUGGGUUAAGUGAUUGUUUUAAAACAUUAAACUAAGAGAAUUUCAUAAAAUAUUAAACAUUUGCAUUGCCACCAUGACCUUCUUGGGCACUGGGUAAUGGAAAGGAAGCUUUGUCUAUGAAUUUCAGUCAUUGAGGUUACAGAAUCAAAAAUGUGUCCUUCUUUGUUUUCUUAGUAUCUUUUAUAAAGGCUGCAUUUUAAGAAUUUAAAUCAGACCCACAUGUGUAAAUA